AUGUCGCUGGACCUCGAGAAGCACCUCACUUUCUAUGGUGCCUACCACCACAACUCGGUCAACGUGGCCAUUCACAUGGUCUGCGUGCCGCUCAUCCUCGUCUCUGCCUUUUGCAUGGCCACAUAUACGGGAACCCUGAUCCACCUCCCCGCGUGGCUCACCGUCCCGUAUCUCGACCUCAACCUCGGCACCAUCGCCGCACUGCUUUACGCGGGGCUCUACAUCCUGCUCGAGCCCGUCGCCGGCUUCGUCCUGGCCGCCUUUUGCGUCGGCAGCACCGCCUUCGCCAAUCACAUGCGCCUCGAGGACCCCAAGGCCACCUUCCAGCUCGCCCUCAUCGUCCACGUCGUCUCGUGGAUCGCCCAGUUUAUUGGCCAUGGCGCCUUUGAGGGCCGUGCGCCCGCCCUGCUCGACAACCUCGUCCAGGCCAUCUUCCUCGCCCCCAUGUUUGUCUGGCUCGAGGUCCUCUUCAAGCUCGGCUAUCGCAAGGAGCUGCAGACACGCGUCGAGAAGCAGGUCCAGGUCGAGAUUGCCAAGUUCAAGGCCGAAUCCAAGAACGGCAAGGCCCAAUAG